UGUGUGUGUGUGUGUCAGCAGUGCAGUCAGUGUCAUGGCAGUCAGCAUCAUGUCAGCGUCUCUUCUACUGUUCUGCCUUCUUCAAUGUUUCCUUCAGGUCUCCAGUCAAGGAAAAGUGUUUCGUUCAGCUCCUGAGGCUCACGCCGUGUUCCUGCGCCCUAAACGGGCCAACUCGUUCAUUUUAGAGGAGAUCCUACAGGGCAACUUGGAGCGGGAGUGCUACGAGGAGCAGUGUAACUAUGAAGAGGCUCGCGAGUACUUUGAAGACACCCCGAGGACGAUCACUUUCUGGGCUGUUUACUCUGGUGGAAACCAUUGCUUGCGGGGUCCCUGUCUGAAUGGAGGGAACUGCACUCCCAAUGUGCGGGGGUUUACCUGCUCCUGCAAUGCCCCUUACUACGGUCCAGUCUGUGAAUUCAAAGUACAGGAUGAGGCAUUACAGAGAAUAACGUCAUCCACAGCACAGCAAACCAAAACAGCAGAGAAGUGUCCGACUGAGAGUCCAACUGCUUGUCAUCAGCUGUGCACAGUGACCUACGAGUCCUUCCGAUGCUCCUGCAUGUCUGGAUUCAAGCUGCACAGCGACGGACGGAGCUGUCUGCCAGAAGUCGAGUUUCCCUGUGGAAGACUUCCUGAAGAAACUCUUUCCAUGUGUCACCAUGGUAACUGUCCCUGGCAGGUGUCUCUGCUGAACAGCACACUGCAGAAGUUGUGCAGUGGUGUGGUGCUGGGUCAGCGGUCCAUCCUUACCUCUGCCCGCUGCCUCUAUCAGGACUCAGAACCAAAACUCUCCAACCUCUAUGUGCUUGCCGAGAAACAGAGGACGCUCUUCCCAGUCAAAGCGAUGUACCUUCACAACGGUUAUCAUAAAGAUCACCAUGAAAAUGACCUCGUCCUCAUCGAGCUAGCUGACUCCAUGACCUUUAGCCCCAGCCUCAUCCACCUCUGUUUGCCCACCAAAGACUUCAGCGAGAAUGUCCUGAUGCAUUCUGGGAGGACUGGGAUUACACAGAGUUGGGAGACCAGCAAGAACCAGAAACUGGUCUAUAUGACGCUGGACGACUGUCGCCGUGAGCUGAACAUCCCGCAUCCACUAAGCAACAAAAUGUUCUGCAUGAGGAAGCAACAUGAACCUUUAAAGUACCGAAAUGAAACACAAGAGAGCCCAGGAGCUCAGAGACACCCUAAUGUACACCUUGAGAUUCCAAAGAGAGGCCACAGGCAUCAAAACAGACCUUUAGAGAACCAGACUGGAGUCAAGGGAAGGCUUCAUGGGGGCACGGUGAAUAGGCUCCAGAAUCAAACCCAAAACACUAACCGCAGGCUGCUGAAUAAAACAGCAAGCUACAACCACACUUCAAAAGCUCUGAAUUUUGAGUCCUCGCAUGGGGUCAGCAGGUCAAAUUCGGAGCCCAGCAACAGGCCAUGUGGCGGGCUGAUGCCAGGGUCGCCUGUAGCCACAGUAGAGCAAGGCACAGUGUUCCUGACCGGGCUGCUAAUCUCAUCACCCUCUGAGUGCGAGGCCAGCGGCGGUGGUUUGGUGUUCAGCAAACUGUCUCGUUACCUGAGCUGGAUCCGAAUGAGGCUGGAGGUGAUCGAGAAGUUAGCCAUGACUCCCCAAGUUAGACAAUAUCCAGAAGCUCGCUAACAGAUCGCCACCAUAUUUAAAACUCUAAAACCGAUCCACCUGUUCUUGGUCACUUGUAAUGUUUUUUGUUUUCUUCUUUAGGUACGGCAGCUCCCUAAAGAAACUUUCCUCCCUGAAAACUUUGAACAUAAAACAGUUUUGCUAUGAGUCUCUUGUCCUACAUUCAGUUUCUUUUUUCCAAAUGGUCACAACAAAAACACAAAAUUGAAACUUUCUGCUGCUGCACUUCACAAACAUUAAGUCAUGAAUAAUAUUUGUAUUUGAAAUGUGUAAAUUAAAAUGCUUUUGAAAAAACAAA